AUGUACCUGAUUGCUGUCUUUUGCUUGCUGGCCACAAUUUUCACAAAAGUAUCUUCCUUCUGUCCUUCUCAGUGUACCUGUAUUUUCCAUGGCAGAGGUGAUGGCACUGGGACCAGGUCCGUUUUAUGCAAUGACCCAGAUAUGUCUGAGAUCCCUGUCAAUGUUCCAGUGGAUACAGUUAAACUUCGUGUUGAAAAAACUGUUGUUCGACAACUUCCACGUGAAGCAUUUUAUUACCUUGUGGACUUAAGAUAUCUCUGGUUAACAUAUAAUGCCAUCAACACCAUAGAUCCUCGUAGCUUUUAUAAUUUAAAAGAACUCCAUGAAUUGCGCCUUGAUGGAAAUAUGUUGUCUACCUUUCCUUGGGAUUCGCUGCAGGAAAUGCCAAAUCUUCGAACUCUUGACUUGCACAAUAACAGACUGUCAACCAUUCCUGCUAAUGCAGCUCGAUACCUCAGAAAUAUAACCAAUUUAGAUAUAUCUAGUAAUGAACUCACCACACUGCCAUCUGACUUGUUAGACAUCUGGCCUGCUAAUGCAAGGUAUCAAGUUUUUGAUAAAGAUCCAUUGCAGAGAGUAAUCCUAGGUUUCCAAGACAACCCAUGGUUCUGUGACUGUAGGAUAUCAAAGUUAAUUGAACUUUCUAAGUCAGAAGAAACACUAGUUAUUCUCAUGGAUCCUCUACUGACAUGUAGUGCACCUGACAAUACUGCAGGUGUUUCAUUCCAGAGAGUUGAACUUGAACAGUGCCUCAGACCAUCAGUCAUGACUUCAGCAACCAAAAUUACAUCACCAGUUGGAAGUAACGUCUUGCUCCGCUGUGAUUCAACAGGAUAUCCAACUCCGUUGCUUGUCUGGUUCAGGGCAGAUGGCUUACCAGUUAACUAUACAGUCAUCCAAGAAUCACCGGCAGAUGGAAUCCGAUGGUCAAUAAUAAGUUUGACGGGAAUUUCCUAUAAGGAUGCUGGUGUAUACCGAUGUAAAGCAAAAAAUCUGGCAGGAGCAUCAGAAGCAUUUAUUACUCUCACUGUUGUAGGAACCGUUACUACAGCUCCCCCACAGAGGAGGAACUUUUUCAAGAAAUCGAGCACAGAACAAAAUAAUUCAACCCAAGCAAAUAUGGAACAACAAAUGGAAAGUUUGACAACCGAAACGCUGUUUUCUAUCUCCACCAUGGCGCCAGCUAAGAAAAAGAUCGCUCCUGUUGACCAAGCUAUGCCCGUAGCAGAUGAAAGAAAGCUCACCAAGGUGGAAGUAGAGGGAAAUUCAAACAAAGUAACUCAACAAGUCAAUGGGAACAAGAAAGAAAGCCUAUCUUUAAAUACAACCACAACACCAGAACAAAAUGUUAUUAUUAAAAAUCUGAGAGUUAUCAGUGAGACGGAUCAGAAAGUCUCUGUGAGCUGGAAAGUUUCAGAUUAUCGACAUGGCACUGCCUUAAACGUAGUCUAUUCAAAGUAUGGUGAAAAAGAUGUGCAGAAGAUCAAUAUAGACCCUAGCAAAAACAAAAUAUCAAUAGGCGGAUUAACGCCAAACACAAAAUAUAUAGCAUGCAUAUGUCCAAAGGGAAUCCAACCUAAAAAAGAACAAUGCAUAGUUUUCUCAACAGAGGGAGAACCCAACACAAGUAGCCAUCGAAAUCUGUUGAUUAUUAUUGGUGUUAUUAUGGGGUCUGUUAUCGUAGCAGGACUCCUUUUUGUGCUGUGUUAUGUUGUAAACAAAGUCAACUGCAAACGGAGAAAAACUGCAGAGCAGGAGCUAAUCAGAGAUUCGUACGUGAAAUUUGAAACACUGUCACUCAGGCCACAGCCAGGGAGCAGAGGGAAUGACCUAUGGACUCGGCGUGACACUGAAUCCCAAAUGCUACUGUUGUGCUCAAGAUUCAGCAUAGAUUCACAGAUGACCUUCAAAAGUGACAGUUCUAGGUCUGAGUAUCUUUGCUGA